AUGAACCGUCCGUAUUAUACACCACAUCAGUCACAGUCACCUAAUGCGCAGCGGAAUACGUAUCAAUAUGGUCAAGCUUUUCAACCAGCAUCACAGCAAGCUCAACAGCCUUCCGCCAUGAUCCAACAGAAUGCUGCUCUUCCUCCACAUAAUGGUUCACAAUUCAGUACGCUAAAUAGUUAUAACACCAGAAUUGGCGGAGGCGACUUUCGUCACGGUGCUCACCUCUCAACACACCAACCACAAUUAUCUUGGGCGAAUUCCAAAAAUACUAAUUGGGGAAUACCCGAACUAGGUGGCGCUUCAGGGAAUAACUCUUUGGCGAGCAGUUUAUAUCCGAAUAAUAUCGCAAAUAGUAAUAACUUUCAACCAACGAACUCCGGUAUAUUCGAUGCCACGGCUCAACCUCAACAGGCUCAGCAAACGCACCAGACAAAUACACAACGAAGGAUGCAGGGAUCUGCUGCAAUACAACAACCGCAUAAUAAUGUUUUACGUUUGGGCGCUGAAGCAAAUUAUCAAGGUCAUCAAUCAUCAAUCGCGGCAGGACAUCCACAACAGCCAUCAUUGUCGACCUCUUUAUCACAGUUUCAUACAUCUCCUACACCAUCGGCGCAGACUCAACCCCACGCAGCUCAACAACAACAUAGCAUGCUUGCUCUACCAACUCCGAAUUCUUUAAACUCAUCAAAUGUUAUUAGUGGUAGAAAUCAAUGGAUGGAGACGAAUAAUUUUGCAAUGCCAUCAAUUAACAUGAAUUCGUUGGGUUUCCCAAGAAAUACGCAAAUAACUGUUAAUGAUAGCUCAAGUUUGAGCGGUCAAUUUGGAGUGGACGUUGACCCUGCCACGGGUGAUUUAGAUGAAAGUAGUAUAAUGGAUCCUCCCAUGGUGGCCAAUUCUUCUUUAACUUCCACUGCUACACCAUCACAAUCUUCCAUAUCUCCAAAUACCAAUCAACCAACUUACAUGAAUCGUUAUUCCCAGCAACCACAACAACAAGCUCAAACCCAGCAACACCUAACACAAGUUGCUCAACGUCAUCAAUCCCAACAGCAACAAGUCCGCCGUUAUGCCACUUCGACCACCUCCCCAAAUACUUCUAUCAGUAGCAUAACGGAUACCACGGGUUCCCCGUCAAUCAAUAGUUCGAUUUCCAAACGUACUUCCGAUACAAAUGCUGUGUUUGGGUCGAGCAUAUCGGGAAUGAGUCAAAGAUCGAUGUACAAUAAUAGUAAUGGGUUGGGUAGUUACGUAAUGAAUCAGCACGGACGACAACAGCAGCCGUAUGCUGCGAAUCAGCAACAAACUCUGAGAUCGCCUUAUGCUGCUCAUAAUGAGAGUUACAUCUCUCCAAACGUUGGCAUGGGUGCAAAUUAUUCCUCUCAACAAAUGUCUCGUGGCAGCCCUUAUCAAACCUAUAACCAAUCUCCUCACCUCGCUACGAAUCAAAUGAGUCAAAGAUCCGCCAUCAAUCAAAAUACUGUUACUCAGAAUGUGAAUGCAAAAUCCUCUCCAAGGUUAACCAAGACUGUGACACAGAAACCGACAGUACAGCCAGGUGUCCCCGCUCAACAGCAACAACAAUUGCAUCAACAAUCUCAACAGUUGCACCACCAAUCACAACUUCAUCAACAAUCGCAGCAGCAAAAGCAACAGUUGCAACAUCCAACUCCUUUGCAUCAUCCACAGCAACAGUCUCAACAACAGCAACAACAACAAUUGCAGCAAAUGCAGCAAUCACAACAAGCGUUGCAGCAUCAUCAUCAACAGCAACAACAGCCCUCUGAACAUUCAAUACAGCAGAUGCAACAGAUACAACAAAAACAACAACAACAUCAUCAUCACCACCAAGCUCCUCCAAAUAAGAUGGCAAGAACUUUACCACCACAACCGUCACAAGCUCCUCUAGAACUAAAGAGUACUGCUUCUAAUGUUGCACCUGCCGUUAUACCACCACAAAAGGAUCAUAAACCGAAACGACCCAUGAAUGCAUUUAUAAUCUUUUCGGGUGAACGUCGGCCUGAAUUACAAAAGAAUGACCCGAAUAUGCAAACCGCUCAAGUUAGCAAAAUUUUGGGAGAGGAAUGGAAAAAGAUGGAUAAUUCACGUAAAGAACAUUAUAAUGAAAAGGCAAGAGUCCUCAAGGAGGAGUUUAGGCAGUCAAAUCCUGGGUUUGUUUAUACUCGUCGCGGAACAUCAACUACUACAAAGAAGAAGGCUUCAACACCUUCGAUUCCACCUACUCCCACCGCUGUCUCUUCCAAUGGUCCAAUCAAUGGUGGUGUUCCUCCUCAUCAUCCAAGCAACGUUUAUUCAUCCCCUCAUAGUAAUGUAACACCUACUUCGACGGCAACGAACACAAAUACUCAACGAAGUUCACUCAAUAAUAUUAACAAACAACAACAGCCACAACCGCCAGCUCCAUCAAAUCCUCCAAGGACUACAAUGUCUACAAUCCCUAUCAGAAAUCGCAAAUUAAGGAGACCAAUGAACGCUUUCUUGAUCUUUAAUAAAGAAAUGCGCCCAAGAGUAUUAGAAACGAAUCCUAAUAUGUCGGUGGCUGAAAUUUCAAAAACAAUUGGUGAAAGUUGGCGUGGAAUGUCUGAUGAGCAAAGGGAGGUUUAUCUUCAGAAAGCUCGAAAUUUGAAGAAUGAAUUUCACGAAUCAAAUCCAGACUUUGUGUAUACGCGCCGAUCAAAAGCUGAACUAGCGGCAGCAGGUCAUCAUAGUUAUUCCAAGAAACGACCUUUUGGACAAGAUGCAAGCGGUGAAGAAUCAGAUGAAGGAGGAGAUCAUCCACCACGUGCUCCACACGGAAAUCAUCACGAGGGUCCAGCAACUGGUGCUCCGCCCAAAGAUCCUCGAGGACGUAAAAAGAAACGAAGCCGACAUCCAACUGCGCCAAAGCAUCCAAUGUCAGGAUUUUUAUUCUAUGCAUUAGAGAUGAGACCACAUGUUGCAGAACAAAAUCCUGGAAGUACGGUUGGUCCUAUAAGUAAAAUUAUUGCAAGUCAUUGGAAGGCUUUAACACCCGAACUGAGAGCACCAUGGGAGAAAAAGGCUACUGAUGACAAAGCAAGAUAUGCUAGGGAGAUGGAAGCAUAUUUACAAUCACAAAAAGAUGAGGAAUGA